AGUCAUUCUCCGGAGUCCAGAGAACAAACUCUUCUUGUCUGCUUGUGAUAUAAAGCAGAAUGAGAUUGAUAAUAUUUAUAUUCUAUGGUGGUGCCAUGUUUAGUAAAGUUAAUGGAUUUCAAGUUGAAGGGGUGGGAGAAGCCUUAGUUCAAGGCGCUCUGGGAGCCGCUGUAAAUAUGACAUGCAGAUCGAGUAGUUUUUAUGAGUACUGCACCUUUAUAAAUCCAAUAGGAGAGACCUGUGAUUUUGAAUGGCGUCGAAAGCAGUGGAAUAUAACAAUGAGAAAAUGUUCAACUUUAAAUCAGAAAGUUAAAUUCAUUGGCAGUUACACUGAGUUUGAAUGUGGGAUUGAGAUCUCUGAGAUAUCUCGAGCAGAUUUAGGAAUCUGGAAAUGUCAGAUGGAGCAGUACGUUUUCGGGGGCUCUUUGGGAUCUGGCAAACGGGGGGAAAACCGGUUUCAAGUGUACUCACCAACAACAACAACAACAACAACAACUACCACGUCAACAUCAACUAGAGCCCCUGCAAGAAGGAAUGGAAGGAUGUUGAAUGUUGAUAUUCCAAUUUCCGGAAUAAAAUCUAUACCUUCAAAUGGCAAGACUAUGUUAGCUGAGGUGUUCCGAGUAAACCUGAUAUCUGGUUGUGUGUCUGGAGUUGUCAUUCUCAUAUUUCUAAUCCUCUUCGCUGCUCUUGUUUACAGGCAUAAGAAACUUAGGUCUCGUGAACCCAGCCAGGUAAUGGAAACUCUUCCUAUCCCACGAAAGCUUCAGAUGGAUCUCAGACAAAAAAAUCUGAAGACAAAAACUGAGAAACUAAAUCAAAUGACUUUAAGUCCAACAAGCACAAUGAGUAGACGAACUUCCCUCUCCUCUGUGGUUCCAAGUAUUGAAGACGACAAUAUUAACAAAGACGACAUUGUGUUUAUGAUGAAAAUAUUCCCGCAUUUAAUUACUCUCUCAGACAAGGAAGGGUUCGCCACUAUUGUAUAAAAACACAUUUUAUCAGUAAAUUUUUAAAAAUU